GCUGCUGGCCAAUGAGAUGGGGGCUGUGCAGUCAUACCAGGAGCAGCAUCACCGUGUGCAUCUGUGAGUGUGAGUGUGCGUGUGUAGUAGUAGCUUUAAACAGUGGGAUCUGGACACCCUUUCUGAAUUGAGUAGGACCCUCUGCAGGCAGGCCGUGGUUUCCCCCCCCUUCUCAAUGUACCUUUUACCAAAUGGAAGCCGAAGUGUUGAGCCCCCAGAUAAUGGCAGACGUCAGUGGCAGGAAUAAAAUCUCCAACGCGGAGCUGGAGGUGUUAAAGCUUCAGGAAUUGGUCCUAAAACUGGAGAAACAAAACGAACAAUUGCGGACGAGAGCGAACGCUGUAAACAAUUGCUCCAUCGGCCCUCAUCUCCAGACCUCGUUACCGUGUCUGCACGGCGGUUCGGCGUGUCCGAGUGACAAUUUCACCACUAAAUAUGGCAUUUCGAGUCCGACGCAGUCGCAUCCGUGUGCUCCGGCACCCAGGGGUUCCACGGAGGAGCCGUUCUCUUAUUUUCAGCCGAGCUCGGUGUCUCAUGGUGCCACCGGGGAGGACAACGACGCCCCGGGAGCCACAACUGUUCUGGAUGAGGUUGAUAUUUUGGACCUCAACACCAUGCUCCCUGUCGGAGAGCCUGAUAGCUGGCUGUAUGUAAGUCCCAAGGCCAAACUGCAGGGUGAGAGUGUCCUCAGCCCUCUCCAGUGGUGCAGGCAGGUACUGGACCACCCGGGGCCUGAGGUGGAGCUGGCUAAAUUGACCUUCUGUCACAGGCUGGACCAAGCUAAGAGGUGGCGAGGAGUCUCCUCUGUCCGUCCCUACAGCUGCAUAGAGGGGCUCUCCACUCUCAGCUGUCCUGUCCUGCCUUAUGCUAAAUCUGCAGCACUAACUGAGUCCCCAGCCCCGUUGCCGUCAUCUAGCCAGCCUUUUCUCCAGCCAACGUUCCCACUCAGGUCCAGCUGCAGCCUCAGUGACAGAGCACCAACCUUCCUAUCAAACUCCACUCUCAACAACAUGGGUCGCCAGCAUGCUGCCAUCAGCCCCCAGUCUUCCUUGGACAGCGAGGCGGGUGUGUCAGAACUGGAGGAUGACGCCAUCACUAUGAGCUACAAACUGCAGGACAUGACAGACGUGGAGGUGAUGGCACGACUUCAGGAGGAGAGUCUCCGAAAGGACUAUGCCUCUACCUCAGCCACACCAAGCCGUCGCAGCUCCAGCUUUUCCUUACACUCCCUCAGGCGCAGUGAGAUGGAUCUGGAGGAGGAAGAUGAGGAGGACGAGGGGUAUGACCAGCUCCCUCCUCCCCAGCCUCAACUGUUCCGCACAGGGUCUAUGCAGCGGGGCAGCCUGCCCCACUCCCACACCUUCUCUAGUAUCAGAGACUGUAGACGCAGCUCACUCACCCCUCAGUUUUCACUCAGUGGACUCUCCCAGUACUCUGGACCCUCCAGCCUGACCACAGAAACACACACAGCAUACAGAAAUAGCACAGACAAACUACGGAGAAGCAUGCCCAACCUGAUCCGAGCUCCCAGCAUGCCCAGUGUUCCCAGUAUUCCAUGUCUGGCUUCCCCUGUCAACCCACCCUCCCACGGUCCCUCUUCCUUGCCAAUGAUAUCCUCCCUGCGGAGCAGCCAGAGCUUUGACUCAUCCAAUGGGCUUGCACGACUCCAGGCCUCCAUUCCUACCCCAGGCCAGCUCAGUCAGCGUGUUCAAAGUGUGGGAAACUUCCCCACCACUCCCCGAAACCCAAUAAAAGCUACAGCCUAUGUAAGCCCCACAGUGCAGCAGGGCCCCACCUCCACCUCUCUGUCCACCUCUACAAGUCUACACUCUAUCCCCAACAGUGCUGCACUGCCUCUGCCCCUCAAACCCAGCAGCAGUUUAGUACUACAGCCCCUAAAAGCCAGCACCAACCAGAUAGUUGUCCCUCGCAGUUCCCUUCCUCGCCCAGCCUCCUUUGUAGGAACAAGUGGAGUUCCACGUGCAAGCAAAAUCACUCAAGCGACUCGAAGUUUGCUGACUCCUCCAAAGAGCCUGGCUGCCCUGAGUGCCCUGAGGGAUGGCAGCUGGAAAGAUGGCUGCUACUGAACCCAAAUAAACAAUAAACUUUCAACAGGUGCACAGGAUAAAUCAGCAUGGGAGCCAAAUGAUUUACAAUUUUGUUGUCAGGAGGACUCAGUCUUGAGCUGUAACCCAACAGAGAGUGACUGUUAAUGUUUAGUAAAAGCACUAUAAACAAUAACCCAAGUUAAGGGACAAUGUGGAGACAGAGGACAGUAUGGGUCCAGCAGGCUGGAUCUUUACCUUACUACCUGCUGAAACACAGGCUGACAUGCUGUAAAACGACCUAGCAAUAUUCUGGCUUAUUAAAUGUUAACUGGUUUUUCUUUUAUAUGUGUUUUUGAUUUGUCAUUGUGGAUAAGUAAGGCUUGCCUUCAACAGAAUGAAAAUUUCUCUCCAGUUGAAAGCUUAAAAAAUAGCCCACGCUUUUGUACAGGCUUUUAUUGAUUUCAUCUGAAUAAUUUUCCAAUUAUUAUGUUUUGGUCAGACUGUGCUGUCUGAUAUUUUGUUACAUCCUGUUCCUGUUAUUCCUGUCAGUUAUAUUUGUUAACUGCACCUCACAGCAUUUUUGAUAAGUACUAUGAUUAAAGUAUAUUAUCUGCUUUGUUAAGGGGUUAGGGCUAGUAAAGUAUGACAUUUGUUAAUUUAAGUAUACAAAUUUUAUCCUUUAACUUUUUUCUAACAUUGUUUAAAUGACAGCUAUUAUUUUUAACAUUCUUUGAUAAACAUAAUCACUGCAGUUAAAUUGCACAUAGAGACUUAAUGCUCUUUAUGACAAGAAUUUAGAGGAGACGAAUUUUUAAAGUGA